UCAACUGUGCCGACAAUCAGGGCAACACGUGCCUGCACGUGGCGGCGUACCGGGGCCACAAGGCGCUGGCCGUGCUCCUGCUGGAGAACGGCAUCGACACCACCAUCCGUAAUGUCAGCGCUGGCGGUGGACCUGACGCAGGACGACCAGAUGCGCCAGGUGCUGGGCGUGACGCCGCUGCGGCGGCUGCAGCGCUCGGCCGUCCGCUGCGAGGGCCCGCUCGUGCGCCGCCACCGGUUCACCGGCUGGAAGCCCGUCUGGGCGGUGCUCGAGCGAGGAGUGCUGACCUACUUCAGCUCCCGCGGCGACGCCAGCUCCGGCGUCAAGCGCAAGGACUUCAAGUACCUGGACGGAGCGCGCGUGGCGUCGGACGGUGACCCGGAGGGUGCCACGCUCGUGGUGCGGUUCAGCGACGGCACCAUGCACCGGUUGCGCUGCGACGACGGCGACGACCGCGUCAGCCGGCAGAAGUGGGUGAACGCGCUGCAGGAGCACAUCGACUUCAGCAGCCACUACAUCCGCCAAGGCCUCGGACUGGAGGACCCGGAGGAGGACGGAGUGAAGUCACUCGGCUCAAUGCAGGACGCGAUGCAGAGUGCCAAGGCCCAGGAGCAGCUGCUGCGCGAGCAUCUGCAGGAGAUCACGUUCGUGAUGAGCUCUCUGCACAGCGCGGAGGCGGUGCCUCACUCGCUGGCGGUGGUGGAGAGGCUUCGGGAGACCAGUGAAUGUGCCAAGGAGAUGGUCGGAAGCCUCGCUCACUGUCUGGCCCUGUUCACGCAACAGGAGGAGGUCCGCCAGCUGCAGCUGCGCCAGGAGCGCGAGCGCUGCCGCGUGCUGGAGCAGUCGCUGCACGUGCUGGCCACGGAGCACCACCAGCUGGAGGAGUCGCUGCACCGCAGCCUGUCGUCGCAGGCGCCGCCCUCCCAGCUGCUCGAGCAGCACUGUGUCACCUCCGAGGACGAGUUCUUCGACGCCGACGACACUGAACUGUCGGACGACGACCUGACGCUGACCAGCUGCACCACGCCGUCCAUCAGCACGCCGGCCACGCUGAGCGAGGCGGACGUGGCGGCCGGCUCCUCGGUCUCGCUAGCCUCCUCCGAGACGGUGGUGUCGACCGAGGGGGGCCGGUACCGGCGGCCGGCGGCGCGCCUGGCUCCUGGCCUGGCCGGCCGGCCGCUGCCGCCGUCGCAGCGCGCUUACGGCAGGAUCCGUCUUCCCAAGGAGCAGACCUCGGCGGACAACUUCAGCGUUUGGUCGGUGCUGAAGAGCGCCAUCGGCAAGGAGCUGACCAAGAUCUCGAUGCCGGUGGUGUUCAACGAGCCGCUCAGCUUCCUGCAGCGCAUGACGGAGUACAUGGAGUACUCGCACCUGCUGCAGGCCGCCGCCCAGGAGCAGGACAGCAUCACCAGGAUGCAGUAUGUGGCCGCCUUCGCCGUGAGCGGUCUGGCCUCCAACUGGGAGCGGGUGGGUAAGCCGUUCAACCCGCUGCUGGGCGAGACGUUUGAGCUGCACAGAAGUGGCUUCAGGAUGGUCUGUGAGCAGGUGUCGCAUCACCCGCCGGUCUCAGCGUUCCACGCCGAGGGCGACGCGUUCCGUUUUCACGGCUCGAUCCAGCCCAAGCUCAAGUUCUGGGGCCGCUCAGUGGAGAUCGAGCCGCGCGGCCUGCUGACCGUCGAGCUGCCCGGCCACGACGAGGCCUACACCUGGAGCAACGUCAACUGCUGCGUGCACAACAUCAUCGUGGGGAAGUUGUGGAUCGAGCAGUAUGGCACCAUGGAGAUCACCAACCACCGCAUCGGGGACCAGUGCACCAUUCUGUUCAAACCUGCUGGCUGGUUCUCCAAGGAACUGCACAGGCUGGAGGGCUUCGUUGCCGACAAAAGCAAGGUCCGCCGCCGCUUCUUGUACGGCAAGUGGACAGACUUCCUGCGCAGCACGGACAUGCAGUCCUACGAAGAAUACGAGAAGCUCAACUCUGGCCAGAUGAAGCAAGUGAAGCCCUCCAAGCUGUUCUGGUCGGGUCAGAACGGCGAGGUCAGACCGGCGCCGGUCGGCCACCGCGGCGUACUUUCCAAGCUCAACAGCAUCACCGCCACCACGUUCAAGGCCCCGCCGGAGAGGGAGCCGGGUCCGGAGGGCGACGGGGACGGCCCGGCCGAGCUGGGCGCCGACGGCGAGGUUCCCCGCUGCAGCUCGCUGUACUCGAUCGACAUCCCCAACAGCGUGACGCUGUGGGAGGCCGACCCGCGGCCGGCUCACUCGCGCAGAUACUACAACUUCACCAGCUUCGCCAUGGCGCUCAACCAGCCGGAGCCGGAGCUGCAGCUCUGCCGCACUGACUGCCGGCUGCGACCCGACAUCCGGGCGCUGGAGGAGGGCAACAUCGACCUGGCCGCCGCCGAGAAGAACCGGCUGGAGGAGAAGCAGCGCGACGCCAGGAAAGCGCGCGGCAAACGCAAGGACGUCUGGCAAGCGCGAUACUUCAAGCGCUGCAGCAACCCCCACGUGAAGGUGGACGACUGGCUGUUCACCGACUCGUACUGGGACGAGCGGCACUCGUCCCAGCUGGACAUCUUCUAG